GAGGAGGAGGAGGAGGAGGAGGAGGAGAGAGGAAAAGAAGAAGCAGCUGCUAAAUGUACAGAAUCACAUAUUCAACAGCACUCACUCCAGGUGCAGUAUCCUUCAAUUCAAAGUAUUAGAAUACAAUUUAAUGCCCUGCCCUUUUCAGGGUGUGAGAAGAAAUUUUUCCGCAUUGUACCAGAAAAGGCUGAGACCAUGAAGGUGGAAAACAGCUCAAUCAUCAUCAACUGUGAUGGGUUUUAUCUCAUCUCCCUGAAGGGCUACUUCUCCCAGGAGGUCAACGUCAGCCUUUACUUUCGGAAGGGUCACAAUCCAAUCUCCAUCCAGAGCACCAACAAGAAGGUCAACUUCAUCACGGUGGUCUCUCUGGCUUUCAAAGACAAAGUGUACCUGGACCUGAGUGCUCACAAUACCUCCUGCCUCCCAGUGAACGGUGGGGAAUUGAUUCUCAUCCACCAAAAUCCUGGUGGGUUCUGUGCCCCCUGAGGAUCUGAUGGCCACACCCCAAGCCAGGCACCAGCACGAGCACCAAGCCGGGGUGGCAGGACACUGAUUCUUCCUUGUGAGUGGAGUUCUUCAUGCUCGGCCACACGGGAUGUGAGCAGAAGCGGAUCCUGCCCUACCCGCUCACUCAGGGAUAUUUAAAAUGUACUGUGUGUACCCCACUCACCUUAUUUAUCCCGCAUCUUCAAAUCACCCAACUCAUCCCCCACGAUUGCCUUCAGCCCACUAGGAACUUUUGUGAAAAUGAAAAACCAAAUGUUUCUUACAGACAGAUCGGUCAGGCAACUGUUUAAAUAAACUUUAGUCACUGAAAAAAGCACUUGGCUACAAUUUGCUGGAAAUUUGAGAUGUGUAUGGCAUUGUCAAAAUGAAGAGGAGCCAAGAGAGGGUUAUGAUCUGCAAAAAGUGGUGUUCACCAAUCCCUGGGAAUAAAAAUGAACUCUCCAGCUUUCAACUGAUAGCCGUUUGCAUACUACUUACAUCCCUCUUCCUUGGAGGAGUUCAAGAGGGACUUGAAGACAACUGUCUAAGAAAUACCAUGUACUCUGGGACUUUUUUCAUUACCACUUAGCUUUUCCAGCUUCCAAACAUAUGUAAUAGAAAUCUCCCUUCCCAAGAUCCAUCUUGGGAAUAUUAUGCUGUGAAAAAUCUGAUCAAUGGUUAAGAGAAACCAAGAGAGAUUUUUCCCUGGAGGGAGUGUGUAAUAAGGUGAGAGUUAUCUUUAUCUCAUAGGAGAGCAAUAAACUGGACCUCAGGGUAAAAGUCAGUAAGGAUUGGGACGGUCUGGGGAAGAAACCCCUCUCUUUGCCAUAGACAAGCAAAGCAGUGCACCCUUACCUUCCUGCCAUGCUGAGAUCCCUCCUCAGCACCACGCUGUGUACACAGAAGCCACAUUGUUAGGUCUCCCCCACACCCCCCCAAAAAAUGAAGUAAUGCUACAAUCAAAUGCAGUUUAUGUCAAACAGCACUAAGAAGCAAUUAUACCUUAUGAAAAACAACCAUCUCUGUCCAGAAGUACUAAGUGCUAUAUAUGAUCUCACAAUGAAACCAGAAGGACCUAUAAUUGGUCAUUACCAAAUCUUCAUAUCCCCGUUGAAAUAAUGAACCAUGAAUAUGGCAUUGUGAUUUUUAUGUCAAAUUUCUAGAUUAUUUACAAGUUCUCUGUGCCAAAAUUUUUAUUAAUGUAAUUUUCAGCAAUUUUUAAAAAUGUAGUGAAUGUUUCCCUGCUGUUUUAAAUAGGGGAUACAGUGUACCCUAAAGUCUUUCUGGAUGAUUCUGUGUCAUUGCAGGAACUGUACUGUGUGAAGUACGUGGUUACCUCUAGGACCUCUAGGAAGGCAAAAGGCUGUCAUCCUGACACUAAGUGGUCUCAGUUCCAUUUGGGCUUUUUCCUGUCUGAUGCUUUUCUAUUUCUUCAUAAGUGCUUAUCUCCAACUAUAUUCCCAUCCCUCUACUUCAAGCUAUUAAGAAAGAAGCUAAAUAAAAAUUCUAUACAACUUGUGUGUAAGGUAAGAAUAAUCAAGUUCUGAGUGGUCACCAAGGUACUCAUGGAGUCACGGUCAUGGCUAAACACUUAGGGAAGGUCCACUCUAGCCCAGGAACUGGGUUAAUUGGUACAUGAAUUAUUCUGAGCAAGGUAUUCUGUGCUGUAUUUGCCUACUCAGAAGAUUUAUGUGUGUGUGUUUUGUGUAUAUUUUACUUUUUGUCAUUGACUAUAUUAUGCAAAAUUAAGUGAUAUUUUAAAAAGCAAUGUUUAGGACUACAGGUAGUAUUUAAAACAAUAUAUGUCCACUUUUUAAAGUUUGGAAUUUUUGUCUGUGUUUCUCAGAAAUGUGCGGUGCCUAGGCCAGGCCGAGCACUGUUGUCCUGUGGCUGGUUGUCCUGGACACCAGGGCCUCUCCCUGUGGGGACCCCUGCUUGGCUCUUUCCAUGCUGGCCUCCUUCAGCCACACAGGGAUACGGCUGCUGGGCACCAGCUUCACCCCCAACUGCCACCCAUCGAAAUCUGUUCUGUGUGCCAGGCCCUCCGAGUCAUAUCCUUCAAAGAGAUAAUUAACCCUGAACUCACAAUGUGGAAGAGAUCUGUGGAAAGAGAAUUAAGUGACAAGUUAGGAGGCAGGACUUCUAAAUUUGACUUAGUUACUAACUAGCUAAGUGACCUUGGACAAAUAGUUCCUCAUUUCUGCAUCCUGCUUUCCUCUUGUUAAGUGACAGGAAAGGUAAUGUCUAACAGUUUAGAAUGUUAUGCUCAUGUAGCUGAGAAUGCAUAUAUUAAAUGUGCUCGUUAUAUAGUUGCUGUAUUCAAGAGUCGUAACUUUCUCUUUUACUGUAUGGAGUAUAUUUCUGCUCCCACUCCGCCCCGCCCUGGCCAAACCAAACAUCUUCCUUUUGCCUUCUUGGUAAUCCCAGUUGUUGUCUAGCUAGUGACUUUCUAUCUAGAGAAUGCUGAUGAUAUUCUAACCCUAGGGAAGGCAAUACUUUCUUCUUGAGCACACUGGGCAGGUCCCCUAUUCAGUCAUAACUUUGUAUUUGUGCAUUCUUGGUUCUCAAAGAAUAUAAAUAUUGAUAUUAAUAAUACAGAUAAUAAAAGUAUUGAUAUUUACAUAAAAACAAAUAAAGGAUCUCAGAAUCCAGUA